AAUCGUUAUAUCAUGGAUAUUCCGAUGGAGUUUACUAAGUGUAUAUGUGCCUAACAAAGUGUAAUACAUUUAUUUCUGUAAACUAUUAACAUGACUAUUAAAAAAAGAGAAAGGUAAUACACGAUCUAAUAUAGUCAUUAGAGACUUGCUGAUUACUGCGAAAAGGAAAAAACAUGACGGCUGCUUCAGAGCAACAGGCCAAUAAGCGGCUAAAUUUAGAAAAGGCUGCAAACUUUAUGAGACAGUAUCGUGAUCCAGACUCAAAGGAGUUGAAAAAACUUUCAGCUAAUCAGUUCAUGGAGGUGUGGAGCCACUACGACAAAGACGGGAAUGGUUAUAUUGAAGGGUCAGAAUUAGAUGGAUUCCUGCGAGAAUUUGUUUCCAGUGCUAAUUCCACGGAGAUAGAUCCCGAGGCUGUAUCUGAUGAUAUGCUUCGGGAGCUGAAGGCUUGUUUUAUGGAAGCAUACGACGAUAAUCAGGAUGGAAAGAUUGACAUUCGGGAGUUGGCCCAGUUGUUACCAAUGGAAGAAAACUUUUUGUUAUUGUUUCGAUUUGAUAAUCCACUGGAGUCCAGCGUUGAAUUCAUGAAGAUAUGGAGAGAGUAUGAUACCGACGGAAGUGGAUAUAUUGAAGCGGAUGAAUUAAAGAAUUUUCUCAGGGACUUGUUGAAGGAAGCCAAACGAAUUAACGACGUAUCAGAAGACAAACUCAUAGAAUACACAGACACUAUGCUUCAAGUCUUUGACUCAAACAAAGAUGGCAGACUUCAACUCUCCGAAAUGGCAAAGUUACUUCCCGUCAAAGAAAACUUCCUUUGUCGACAGGUCUUCAAGGUAAGUGAGGAAGGAUUUGAAGGAGCAACGAAACUUACCAAAGACGACAUCGAAAGGGUUUUUGCCCUUUAUGACAGGGAUAACAACGGGACGAUAGAAAAUGAGGAAUUAAGAGGAUUUCUGAAAGAUUUGCUUGAAUUGGUUAAGAAGGAUUAUGACGCUCAAGACCUUUUGGAUUUUGAAGAAACUAUUCUGAGAGGAGUGGACUACAAUGACGAUGGUAAAAUAAACAGAAAAGAAUUGACGAUGAUCCUUUUGGCACUUGCUAAGCAUAAUCAAGAGGAGGAACCGUCAGCUUAAGCAAUAAACUUUUAUUUCAACACCUAAAUGUUUAUCCUACUAAUAAUCGAAAAGAAAAUAAUUACUAUAAACUUGUCCCAUUUACAACAGUUUAUACGUGAUUGAAAAUAUUUUUAUUUACUUUUACCAUAAAAGGGAGAGAUAUUGCAAUAUUGUCAGAUUAAUUAUAAAUGCCUACAUGGGACAACACAGUUGAGUGUUAUAUAUAUUUUUUAAAUAUUUAAAUAGCACCUACUUGUUUAACUCUUAUAAGUACCUAAUUUUUUUCAAACAAUUUUUAAUUUAUUAAAUUAUCCUUAAAAUUUAAAAUCAGGAUAUAAUAAGUAAAGAGUAUAAUAGGAUAGAAAUUCAAAUUUAAAACUCUAAACGUGGAAAACAAUAAAUGCUAUGAGUUGGCAUUGUUUAUCAACGAUAUAUUUUAUCAUUUAAUUGUCAAUUUGCCUGCCACUGAAGGCCAAAAAUCUAAAAGGAAAAUUUUACAAACAUUAAUAGCGCCUUUAGGGAAAAAUCCAAAGUAUGAAGGUAGAAAAGACUUCGUAAAAAUAAUUAAUUGG